AUGGCGUCCAGCCUCAUCGGCAUCUCUGUCGCGGUGACGCUGCAGAAUCCGCCAAACACGGUCGUACAAGGCACCGUGGCUGCUGUCAACUCGCAGACGGCUACACUGACACUGCAGAACGAAGUUUUCUUCCCUGCUUCGGGCCAUCGCCUCAAUUCGUACCAUGUCGAAGGACACGCGAUCGCUGAUAUCAAGGUCAAUGUUGCGCCGCAGCCUGCACAGCCUGUCCCGCAGCCAUCCAACCUACCUGCAUACCCGCAGUAUCCGUCAAACCACGCGCAGCAGCAUGUGCCGAACCAGGGCCCGCCUGUUCAGCACCAUGCUCCCCGGCAAUCGAUCCAGCAUAUGAGCCAGCCGGUGCGACAACCUGUCCAGCCUCCUCAGCCAGCUGCCUUCGUAGACCCUGCUAUUCUGAGCAUGGGCAAGCGCACCUCCACCGCUCCUUCCUCGAACCAGCUCUCAGCUGCACCUCCCCAAGAAGCUCCUGCCACUCCGAUCAAGCCCGUCGCCCCAGCCCGCGCCGCCACCCUGCCAAAGCAUGCUCCCACCUUCAUUGGUCAAUCCAAGGGACGAAAUACAAGGAAGCCAAGCGCAGCCACGUUGGAAGGCCCUUUCUCGUCGCUGGACAUCGCAGACGCCGAGGAGGCCGACAGUGAGACAAAGAAGAUUACCAGCGUGCGUAGGGCAAGCAUCAAUAAGACCAGAAAUGGCAAGCCGAUGGAGGACAUGAGUCCGCAGAAGCUCGACGAUGGCGGCAAGAAGACGCGCAGAGGAGGCAAGUCUCGUAAGAAGGAACUUGCUGCGCAGGAGAGAAAGAACGGAGACCUGCAGUCGGGUCCUGAUAGUGCGCGGAAAGGUAGCAAAGGCAAUGGCUGGCGCAAUACCCCCAUACUUCAGGAUGCUGAGCAGCCCUUGACACGUACACCGGGAGUCAUUGGAGGCAGAGUCGGUAUGGUAGCGGCACACGCCUCCAAGACAAAGACGCGGCGUCAGAAAGCACUCGAUGCAACCAACGGCUGGGCUACCGAAGACGCGACCGACAUCCAGGACCUGCCCGAGUUUGACUUCCAGAGCAACCUCUCCAAAUUCGACAAGCGUACUGUGUUCAAUCAAAUUAGGAAUGAGGACACAACCGCAGACGAGGAUCGCUUGGUCAGCUUCAAUCGCUUAGCAAGACCAGGUACACAUGGAGGCAAGAAUCUGCAUCCUACGGAGAACGUGCUGGAACGCAAGUUGAGAAGCACGACCAACACCAGCUCUGAAGAUGACUCGGAAUUCGGCAGCAGUCGCAACUCUCGGCGAGCUAUGUCACGCGCCUCUGUCAAGAGGGCCCCAGUACGACAGGGCAGUGGUGUGCAGGCAGAUAUGGACAUGAUAGGAUCUGGACUACUGUCGCGUGCUACCCGCUCGUUGAUCAAUCGGCCUCCCGGUGGUAUGCUUGCGGUGGAAGAGACGGCUGAAGUCGAGUUUGGUCUUACCGAGGACAUGAUUGCUGAAAACUCUGGUCGUGGCAUCGCUGAAGUCGCCUUAACAGCCAUCAACCCUGGCGGACGCCGACUGGCUCGUGAAAACCCGAACGCCCGCCCUGUCAUUGUCGUGCUAGCUGGCAAUCAUCUCGGUGGUGCUCGCGCAGUCGCAGCAGCCAGGCAUCUGCAAGCCCGCGGUCCAAAAGUCAUGGUUGCUCUCCUCGGCUUCGAGCGUGCUGCCGAUUGGGACAAGGACGUACGCCGACAAGUAGACCUGUUCCGAAAGUUUGGUGGCUCUGUACGCGCAUGGAAGGAGACCGAAGAAGCGCUCAAGCGUCUUCAAGCACCCCCGGAGCUCAUCAUCGAUGCACUCCUCGGCCGCCACAAGGAGUUCGAAGCCCUUGGCGAUCAGGACCGCCGUACCGUUCUUAGCAUCGUGGGCUGGGCGAAUAAGUCUCGCGCUGCUUGCCUUGCAGUCGAAACACCCUCUGGCGUCGGUGGAUCCACAGGCGAAGUCGCUAUCCUCGAAGGCGAGCCGUUGGAAGUUCGCGCCAAGUACAUCGUCUGCCUCGGCGCACCUCGCACGGGACUUCUCAAAGCUCUACAGAACGGCGCGGGUCGAGAUCCCCAGUGGCUCAUCUGGGUAGUUGACAUUGGCGUUAAUAAGCCAUGGCGCGAGGCUGGUAUAAGUGGUGGAAAGGGCAUCAAGUUUGGCGAACACUGGCUUGUCCAGGUCAGGUUUGCGGUGGAAGAAGGACUGGAAACGAAGGUAUGA